AUGGUCAUCGCUUUGCAGCUAGUAGGCCGCGCGGGUCAUGCAAACGUGGUGCCAGUGGCCCCCCGGCGUGUCGAGCCAGGGCCUAUUGAUCACGACGAGGAUGACACGGGAGUCCGCUUUGCAUUCACGUUGCGGACGUGUCUGGGCGGCCUCGGCACACUGCUGGUCGCCGCCCUCGCCAAUCUGGCUGGCAUUGGCGGCGGCGCCUUUUACGUCCCCUUAUUCUACGCUGUUUCAGGCUUCUCCCUAAAAGCGGCAACCGGCCUGUCGCAGGCCGCAAUCGCGGGCGGCUCCCUCGUGACCACGCUGUUCAACCUCGGGAUGCGCCACCCCUGGGACCCGGGGCGCCCGCUUGUGGACCUAGAUUUGGCGCUCGUCCUGACGCCCGCCAUGCUGCUCGGCGUGUCAGUCGGCGUGCUGCUGAACGACCUCGUGCCCACCUGGGCCGUCCUGCUGCUACUAAUCUGCCUGCUCGCCGUCGACUGCAAGGCCGCCGCCCUCCGCGGCCUCACCAUGCGUGCGGAGGAGCGCUCGAAGCUCGCCGCCGCCAAGGCGGCCGCCGCGAUCCGCUCCGGGCCUGUGCCGCGGCUCCCGCCAAUACAUAUCACGCACGUGACGAGCGCGCCGGGCCUGCCGGCGCGGCUGCAGGUGGUGAUCAGCCGCGAGGCGAGCCGCGCGCGGAUCGCAGACAGCAGCGAUGACGAGGAGGCGGCGGGCGGCGGCGGCGGCAGCAGCCGGCGCGGAUCAGCGUCGGGGACGCUCGCGGCCGCGGGCGCGGCGGCGGCGGCGGUGGAGGCAGUGGGGCCGGCGUCGCCGGCGUUGGCUAGGCUGCCGGCUGACGACGGCGGCGGGACGCCGGCGGGGCGGACUCCUUUGGCGACGGUGCCUUCUGGGGACUCUGAUGGCAUCUCAGGUGAGGGGCAGCCAGCCUCCCCGCGGCGCCAUGGCGGAGGGGCUGGCGCCGGCGGCGCCGGCGGCGGCGCCGGCGACGCUGCGGGCUGUCUUCAGAGCGUGAGCGGCGAUGGCGAGCGCGAGAGCGAGGGCGGGGGCUUUGGUUCGCGGCGGCGGCGCGGAGAGGACGUGUUUGAGCAGGCAAUGGAGAGCGAGGGGACCACGGGACAGUGGGAUGUCGAGCGGCAGGGCUCACAAGCCCAGCAGCAACAGCAGCAGCAUCAGCAGCAUCAGCAGCAAGAACAGGAGCAGCAGGGGGCGCGGCAGCGGAGCGAAGCGUGGGCGGCUCAGGCCAACAGCAACGGCAACGGCGCCGGCCAUGGAACCGGCUACAGCGGCGACCCCGAGGAGGCCUCCGCCAGCGGCACCGGCCGCAAACGGAGAGCCGGGGCCGCUAGCACCGCGCGCUCGGGCCAGCAGCAGCAGCAGCAUGGCUCCCCCGCCACCCCGUCCUGGCUCUCUGGCGCUGGGCCGCCGCCGCGGCGGCGGGCGCGGUUCCAGUGGAUCAAGCUCGUCAGCCUGGCGCUGCUGUGGCUCGGUUUCCUCGGGCUGUCGGCGCUGGACGCGCUGCUGCCGCUGUGCAGCCUGCAGUACAUAGUGUACGUGCUCCUGUUCCUUGCAACCACGCUCGGCGUUACGGCCAUGUUCAUCCGAGCCAUCUUCCUCGGCCCCGCCAACAGCAUAGCGGUCUCGCACCGCGCUGGCGGCCGCAAGCCGUGGCUGCAGGCCAGCCCGCCGGCGUCCCUAUCGCUGGGGGGCGUGGCCAGCGGGGCCGGCGGCGGCGGCAGCGUCGGGGGCGGCAGCGCUGUGCUGCAGCCGUUGCUGGAGGCGGGCGGCGGCGGCAGCGGCUUCUCCGGUUCUCCGGACCGCGAGACGCUGGGCAGCGAGCCGCCCGAGAGCCUGUCCACCGUCGCGGCGUUCAGCGCGGCGGUCGCCGGCGCCGCCGGGCUGCUGGCCGGCGCGGCUGGGCUGGGGGGCGGCUCCAUGCUGGGGUCUGCCCUGCUGGACUUUCGAGUUGCCACUGCGACCUCUGCGGUGUUGCUGUUUGUGAGCUCCACGGCGGCGACACUUUCGUAUGUGAUGGAGGGCCGCCUCAUCUUCUCAUACGCUGCCGCCUUCGCCGGCUGCGCCGCGCUCGGUUCCCUCCUCGGCGCCUGCUUCGUCGCGGCGGCCGCGCGGCGCUCGAUGCGCGCGUCGACGGCGGUGCUGCUGCUGGCCGCCGCCGCGGCCGCGGGCGCGGCGCUCACCGCCGGGCUGGGCGCGGGCGGUAUCUUCAAGAGUGCCGCGAUCGAGGUGCUCCGCAUCGAGCGGCGCCUCAUGACCACCGGCGAGAUCACAAAGUGA